GCCCCUCUGCGCCACGUGACCUGCGUUCCGCCGGGCCCGCGGAGAUGUCGGCGGUGCUCUCGCGAGAAGUGACGGAAGCCUGUGGGGGACCCGGCCUUUCAUGUGCGGCGCGGCCCGCGUUCCCGGAACUCUCUGAAACAGACCGCGUGACUUCAAGGAAGUGGAACAACCGCUCCACUAAGCAGUACGGUGGCAGUGUUGAAGAAGGAGCUCCCAUUCUCCUCUUGGCCAGUUCUUGAGGAAACUGAAAAGAAAAAAAAAAAGAAGUUGUUGCAGUCCUUCUAGUUCAUUGCCAUGAAAAGGAGGAUAUGAUAGUUUGCCCUAUGAAACAGAUUUAUAUGUGAAAUCUGACAGGUAGCACGACGACCUGUGGAAUAUGAGUGAUGACAAACCCUUUUUAUGCACUGCCCCUGGAUGUGGCCAGCGUUUUACCAAUGAGGAUCAUUUGGCUGUCCAUAAACAUAAACAUGAGAUGACACUGAAAUUUGGUCCGGCUCGUAAUGAUAGUGUCAUUGUGGCUGAUCAGACACCAACACCAACUCGAUUCUUGAAGAACUGUGAAGAAGUGGGCUUAUUCAAUGAAUUAGCAAGUCCUUUUGAAAAUGAGUUUAAAAAGGCUUCUGAAGAUGACAUUAAGAAAAUGCCUCUAGAUCUGUCUCCUCUUGCAACACCAAUUAUAAGAAACAAAAUUGAAGAACCUUCUGUUGUAGAGACGACUCAUCAAGAUAGUCCUUUACCUCAUCCAGAGUCUACUACCAAUGAUGAAAAGGAAGUGUCCCUGCAGCAGACUGCACAGCCCACAUCAACAAUAGUUCGUCCAGCAUCGCUACAGGUUCCUAACGUACUACUUACAAGUUCUGACUCAAGUGUUAUUAUUCAGCAGGCAAUACCAUCACCAACGUCUAGUACUGUUAUUACCCAGGCUCCAUCCUCUAACAGACCAAUAGUUCCAGUUCCAGGCCCGUUUCCUCUGCUGUUACAUCUUCCUAAUGGACAAACCAUGCCUGUUGCUAUUCCUGCAUCUAUUACAAAUUCCAACGUGCAUGUCCCUGCUGCAGUUCCACUUGUUAGACCUGUCACCAUGGUGCCUAGUAUCCCAGGAAUCCCAGGGCCUUCCUCCCCACAGCCAGUGCAGUCUGAGGCUAAAUUGAGACUGAAAGCAGCCUUGACCCAGCAGCACCCUCAGGUAACAAAUGGAGAUACUGCCAAGGGACAUCCGAGUGGGUUGGUUAGGACUCAGUCAGAAGAGCCGCGACCACAAUCACUACAGCAACCUGCAACUUCAACAACUGAAACACCGGCAUCACCAGCUCAGCCUACACAACAAACACCAAAUACAGGUGGUCGGCGAAGAAGAGCUGCUAAUGAAGACCCUGAUGAAAAACGAAGGAAGUUUCUUGAGCGAAACCGAGCUGCUGCUUCCAGAUGCCGACAGAAACGGAAGGUCUGGGUACAGUCAUUGGAGAAGAAGGCUGAGGACCUGAGCUCGCUAAAUGGCCAGUUACAGAAUGAAGUCACCCUGCUGAGAAAUGAAGUGGCACAGCUGAAACAGCUUCUUCUGGCUCAUAAAGAUUGCCCUGUAACCGCCAUGCAGAAGAAAUCUGGCUAUCAUACUGCAGAUAAAGAUGACAGUUCAGAAGACAUCUCAGUGCCAAGCAGCCCACACACGGAAGCUAUUCAGCACAGCUCCGUCAGCACUUCCAACGGUGUAAGCUCCACUUCCAAGGCAGAGGCGGUGGCCACCUCAGUGCUCACGCAGCUGGCGGACCAGAGCUCGGAGCCCGGGCUUCCCCAGGUCGGUGUGGUGCCGCCCUCCCAGGCGCAGCCCUCGGGGAGUUGAUUAGGAACUCGGUUGCAUCCUUUUCUUAGGUAUUCGUUUGUGACUUUAAAGGGAAAUCAACGAAAGACCAGUCUCCAGCUAGGAGAAAUUGUAGCUUAAAAUUUUACUCGGUUUUAAAAUUCAAACCUGAAUUUGGCUUUAACGAUUGGCAGGUGAAGGUGAGACAGAACACCAGUUACAAGUCUCUUUGUAAAAGACUUUUUUUUUUUCUCUUAAGUGUUAGGUUUACUAGUUAUUUUUGUGCUUAAUGUGUAAAGUGUAUGUACAGUACAAUGUGGUUUAUUUCAUUUUUAAUCUGGUAUUAUUUCAACAAACAUAGGGGUGAGUUACUAAAGUUCAUCCCCCAGACUGUGAUAGUAAUAUUAUGUGACAUUUUAUACCAAAGUUCUGCAUAGUCCCUAUUGACUUUGUAACAUGAGCAAGGUCAUAAAGCACUAGGCAAGAGAAAGACAGUAACAGUAAAUUUGCUUUUAGUCUUUUUGCCUUUUUGUUGUUUUGCACAUUAUGAGAGGAAGAACAUUGGGAGAAAAAUGUUUGGGUUAUUUUAUGUAUAGCAUUUUGGUUGGCUUUUUAACCGUUGGGUUUUUAAUUUGUUUAAUAGGGCCAGUACAGUAUAUGAGAUACAGUACUCUUAUGCACAUACCUGUCCUAAAUGAGGAUCAUUACUAAAUAGAUUUUUUUUUUAAUUUGUCAGGUGUUUUUUUUCCCCCUCCAACACUUUCAUUACGAGGGGAGGAGAGCUUUGUUUCUCCAUUAAGCGUAGGUAUCUAUAACUACCCUUUGUUGUUUGGCUGAAACCAGUAGGCAUAUUGUCAAGUACGGGGUUAUCAAGUAUGGAAUACUUAGUAUUCCAAAGUGGGAUGAUAUUUUGUGGAUUUUUGAGUCGCAGACUGAGUUUACUCAUGGGUUUGGAUGCCAGAAAAGCCUAAAAUCCUUCAGACAACUCAAGACUUUUUUUUGUCAUUGUCUUGUAUUUGCAAGCUAACUUGUACUUAAUUCUUGUGUAAGCACUGUCAUCUUUUAGUAGCAAAAAUUUUGAUACCUUUCUUGUGGAAAAAAAAAAAUCAGUAUCUACCGUAUCUUGGAAACAAUGUAAUUAUAAUGUGGUGUGUGUGGUGUGUGCGUGAGAAUGGUUCAGUAGUUAAUGCCAGCAGUCUUUUGCUUGAAUGUUUAAAGAUGCCUUCAAUGUGAUGCUGGCUGAUAGGUGAUUGCAGUUUUAAAAUGUUAUUUACUGUGCAAACUUGGAUAACUAACAUUCCAUGAUGUAGUUUGUUUCUGAUGAAAUGAUUGUAGGUACACUUUUUCUCAUUAUCCAAUCAUCUGUAGGAUAUUGAGUUUUUUAAAUGUGCCAUUAUCUAUUUUGAUUCUGUAUUCAUGUUCAAAAUACAGUACAAUAUUUUACAAUAGAUUAAGUUGUUUAAAAAAAUAUAGAUGUGUGCUUUCAGGUGGGAAAACUUUGUAUAAUAGCAAAAACAGAUGCAUAGUAGCAACUGGCAGUAAAGCAGGAUUCCAUUAUGUAUAUAACAAAGAUUUAAUGCAUUUAUAAUGGGUUGUGUAGUUCAUUUGCUCUUCCUUCUCCACACUAUACUACGUGUUUUUAAGUGUCAGUGCCAUCAGAUUUCUAUUUGAUUCAGUUUAAAAUCUAAAAAAUGUAAUUGAUCCACAGGAAAAUAAUGAUUUCUACAAUAUAUAUACAACCGUACUAUAAUGAAACUGGACAAGAGAUAUCUAGGUCAUAUAUAUAUCAAUGCAGGGCUUUAAGCAUGCAAAUAACAAGGAUUCUAAAUAUUUUGUAUUGUAAACUAAGGAAGUUGAGUUGAUACCCUCAUGUGUUUAGAAGUCUUACUUUCCCAAUUUCAGGAAUAAACAAUGAGUUAUUGAUCAUUUCCGGGAUGGUAACAUACAAUGGACAUCUUGUGAGAAGGAAAUGAAUUGCAAAGGCACAAAAUGUGAAUUCUGCAGGAAAGCUAUACAGUCACUUUUCAUUGUAGUUUUGGUGGACUAGGCAAGGCCUUACUGAUCGCGCUAUAAUUUGCUCUCCUAAACACAAAGGCUUUUUAAAUCGUAUUUAUAUAAGUGAAGUUUUUUAAUAACAACUAUCACGCUUGUAAAAUAAGUCUUCAUAAGUGUAUAGGAGACAUGUAAACAGUUAAUGAGUUUAACAGUGGGGCUGGAAAAAGAACCAUUAAAAUCUGUGUUCUGCAAAUAGACAACAGCUAUUAGCCGUACUACCAUGGAUUCUGUUUGGAGACGUAUGUCACACUAAUUCUGUACUUAGCAUUUGGGGUCUUUACAUUUGACAUGUUCACAAACUGUACUGUUUUCUUUUAUGUGCAGUUUGCAUGAGUAAAUCAUCAAAGAGAAUAAAAUCUAUCUUUAAGUUAUGUUCCUAUUUUAAUGAAAUUAUAAUUGUUCUAAAAGGCAGCAGCGUCUUCGAACUGAUUUCUUUAUCUCUACGCUUAUCAGCAUUUAUUUGGAAGUCAUUACUAUAAGGUCAAAGUAACGUUACGAAAAUAAGAAUGCAUACUGUUCUUUUGAAAAUAAACCAAAUUCCAUUGCUUUGAAGUUGACACCUUUUGAGGAGCUGGCCAUAUAUCUUUAAUUCUAGGAGCCUAAGUAAUGCACAGAAGGAGUCCACGAGCGGCUUGAUGAUCCCAGGCAUUGCUCAGCCAUCUCUGGUUGCAGCGAGUGCCGCUGCAAAGGUCAACAUGCUGUGUAAUCAGAAUUUCCAGCUACCGUCUCAGGUAUCUCAGUCUCAUCUUAAUAUACGUGAAGUUAAAAAAUAACAGAUGAACUGCUCACAGUUUUGUCGUGGGAGGUUGAGAAGAAAUCACACCCUUGUGUUUGUUUGCAACAAUAUGAAAAGUAGUUUGAUCUUAUUUAUAAAUGUUGGAAACAUGAUGGAUGGGGAGACACGUCUUGUUACUGUUUGAAAAGCUCUUGGCUGGACUAUGGUACGGAGACAUUGGGAGGAGAAAAGAAGUGAAACUGCCAUGUACUUGAAAUUAUCGCAUCCUUUGAACAAAGGAAGUGAAAUUUAAACUGCAUGCAACUUUGAGCCCGUUGUAAGAAGAGUACACAGGGCAUCUUCUUGAUCUAGAAGACAGCAGCCCUGCCCAUGGCAGGAGGUUGGAACUAGAUGAUGUUUCAGGUCCCUGCCAACCCAAAGCAUUCUAUGAUUCUAUGAUUGUUUUCUUUAAUUAUGAAUGAUGGUCAUCAUUUCAAGGAAGAAUCAUGAAGACUAUGUGACAGAGGGCAACUGAGGGGAAAGAAAUAUUCACUCUUUACUGUCUCCACUGUAAAAAAAAAAAAAAAAAUUCUGAUUUUACAUGUAAAUAUCCAAUCCAAGUAAGCUUUUUCUUUUUAAAAUGCUAAUAUAGGCUGGGCAAAUAAAGAUAUGAAGAUAUUACACUGAUGGAAGUAGAUGGCAAGUGUUGGAUGAGCGGUGAUUUCAGCUACUGAAAUUACAGAAGUAAUUUGCCUAGAGGCAGAUACAAACAUUUUAAUUGGUCAUCAUAAAUGAUAAUGAGGAGAAAACAUGGUGAAAUUAAGUGCAUCCUAAUAAAGUAAGGUAUGUUAAAUUGUGCUGAAGGAAACUCCAGCAAUGCUUCUUGACAUGAUUAAUAUACUCAUGACAAUGUGUCUAAUGAAGGUUGUUUGCAUUUAUGUGCUGCCUGUUGCUUCCCUCAGUAGAGAUAAUUUGGACUGCACUCAUUUACAUUGCAGAGCAUGAAGUGUAAGAUAGCUUACAGUUGUAGUUUCCUUUACAUUUAUUUUUAUCCACAGUAUCAACCGUCAUGUAGGUAGGAUUUAUUUAACCAGCCUCAUAUAACACUGAGUAGGGUAGAUAUAGAUGACACCAUCAUGAAAAAAAAAUAGUAUAUCCAAGGUUUUUAUUCUUUAAUUAGGAGAACAUUUCUUGUCCUUAUAAUUCCUGUUUUUAAUGCGACUUUCUUAAAAAAAAAA